GACACCCACACACACUUUUUCACCAGACACCCACACACACUUUCUCACAUACGCUGCACACACAUCGGAGUACCUGCUUUGUAGCCACUCUGUGUGUGGAUCUGCUCGUGACGGACUUGUGGUGCCAAGAUGCCUUCCUGUGUCUGGAUGUUGGCUCUGUCUCUGGCGGCACUAACAGGAAACACCAUUGGUGAGCGAACUGAGAGGAACUGCUCUCUGUCCCCACCGUACCUCCCCAGCACAGCAGUAAAUACCACUCUCCGGCUGCAGGCGUUACGAGAGCAAAUGCUUCCCCUGAAUAUCUCUGCCUACAUUAUCCCUGGCACUGACGCUCACCUGAGUGAGUAUAUUGCACCACGUGACGCCAGGGUGGCCUUCAUGAGUGGCUUUACAGGCUCCGCAGGCACUGCCGUAGUUACUCAUACCAAGGCCACUCUGUGGACAGACAGCCGCUACUGGGUUCAAGCUGAGAGACAGAUGGACUGCAACUGGGAGCUGGAAAAAGAUGUGUCCAUCAGCAGUGUAGCAGAGUGGCUCAUCGCUGAGGUUCCAGCAGGCGGCGAGAUCGGCUUUGAUCCCUUCCUCUUCUCCCUCCAAACGCAGGAGAACUACAACAUCAAUCUGGAGUCGAGCAAUCGCAGCCUCAAGUCUAUUCCUCUUAACCUGGUCGACGAAGUGUGGAAGGAAAGACCACCCAUCCCACCUGAUAACAUCACCCACCUGCCCAGCAGAGUCAUACAAAGGUCCUGGCAAAUGAAAGUGGAGCACAUACGGAAUCAGAUAAGGGACAAUCCUUAUGAACCAACAGCUCUUCUGCUAUCAGCACUGGAUGAAACAGCCUGGCUGUUUAAUCUGCGUGGCAACGACAUCCCGUACAACCCCUUCUUCUACUCCUACACACUGCUCACAAUGGAUAAGAUCUGGCUCUUUGUCCACAUGGACAGAGUGAAAGAUGAUUUGAAGAAGUACCUGAACUCCUCCUGUACUGGGUCCCUCUGUGUGCAGCUAAAAGGCUACGACACUGUCAGAGAGGAUCUGAAACAAUAUGUGGCCCAGCCUGGCGUUAAAGUGUGGAUUGGCACGGAGUACACAAACUACGCACUUUAUGAGCUCAUUACACCAGAGGACAAACUACUGACGAGCUCCUACUCUCCUGUGUUGACGACUAAAGCAGUGAAAGAUGAGACUGAGCAGCGAAUCUUGAGGGACGCUCACGUGAGGGACGCAGUCGCUGUCAUGCAGCUGCUGAUGUGGCUGGAGAAGGCAGUGCCACAGGGGAAGGAGACUGAGCUGACGGCUGCAGAAUACGUCAAUAAGUGUCGCAGCAAACAGAAAGACAGCAGAGGCCCAAGCUUUGAGACUAUCUCUGCAAGCGGACCCAAUGCUGCACUUGCCCACUACAGCCCAACAGCAGAAACAAGCCGGAGGUUGACAGUUGAUGAGAUGUACCUGGUGGACUCUGGUGGCCAGUAUCUAGACGGGACCACUGACAUCACUCGGACUGUUCACUGGGGAACCCCGACUCCAAUGCAACGGGAGGCCUUCACUAGAGUGCUCAUGGGUAACAUUGAGAUAUCUCGAACCAUUUUUCCCUCAGGAACUAGAGGUUCAAACAUGGAGAUGCUGGGUCGCCGGGCAUUGUGGGAGGUGGGCCUGAACUAUGGCCACGGCACAGGUCAUGGUGUUGGAAACUACUUUGGAGUCCAUGAGUGGCCAGUUGGCUUUCAGAGCAACAACAUACCCUUCAGAUCGGGCAUGUUCACGUCUAUAGAACCUGGAUAUUACAAGGAGAAUGACUUUGGGAUCCGGAUUGAAGAUGUUGCUGUGAUUGUACCUGUACACACGAAGUAUGGUAAUAACUACUUGACGUUUGACACCGUGUCGCUGGUUCCAUAUGACAGAAAGCUGAUUGACACAUCUCUCCUCAGCUCACAACAGCUUCAGUGGCUGAAUACAUACUAUGAGACCAUCCGGAGGCUGAUGGGUCCUGAGCUGGACAAACAGGGACUACAUGAGGAAAAGGACUGGAUGCUCAGGAACACAGAGCCCUUCAUAAAGUCUGGAUCUUCUGCGUCUGUCUGUACCUCCUCGCUGACCCUCCUCGCUCUGGCCAUCGCUCUCCUUCACAACAUCCUCUGAACAUCUUCAUCUCUCUUGCACUCACUCCAUUCACAGUAGACUUGCACACUGACGUUACUCCUAUGCAGUCUCUAUUGAGCAGCUAUACCACGUUGAGGGAUGCACUGCAAUUUAGCAUUGUAAUUGAAGGAUAUGUUUGUUUAAUUAUUUAAUGGCUGAUAUUGUGGUGUUUAAAGUUUAAAAAUGAUCUUUUGUGUGAUUGUGUGAUUUUUUUUUGUUUGUUGACGUUUUAGCAUUUUGGUUUGUAAUCUGGACAUUUGCAGACCAGUUGAUAUAAUUUCUAUUUUAUUAAAGUAACACUC